CCUGCCCAUGUGGGCCCGGGUUUCCGGGAUUCCUCAUGUGCUUCUGUCGUUUUGCAGCGCUGGAAUGGAGCCACUGCAGGGCCCUCUGCCAGCUCUGCCUACCCACCCCAUCCCUGCUGCCACCGGACCAGGGCCAGCUGCCUUCCUCUGAGGCACUCUGAAGGGGAGCUGGCUAGAGCAGAGCCACUUUUAAGAUGACACGAACCGACCCGCCUGACAUACUGGUGUCUACGGUGUACCAAGACAUAAAGGUGGCGGCCGCAGCCCCCAGGGAUUCGAUCGUCUGCCAGCCCUUGGCACGAUGUGACGCCUUCAUGUCUGCGUCCCUGCCCCGCGACUCGCAGCCCUUCAACAAGCGCCACUGCAGGAGCUUCGACUUUCUUGAGUCGCUCGACGACCAGCUGGGCGCCCCUGCGCCCAUGGAGCGCCCCGGCCUGCGCCCGGGCACCCCGGAGCCGACGCGCCGCGCGCCGCCCAAGCCGGACGCUUACGCCGGCCGGAACGUGGCGGCGGCGAGGGAAGGGCCCAAGGAGCCAUCGGCUCGGGGCGAGGCGAAGCGGCGAGCCCGCUCCAAGAGCGCGCCCCGGGUGAAGACCACCCUCACGCCAGUGCCCAUCGCAGUGGCGGCGUCGCCGCCGGUGGCGCGGCGCGGGCGCGAGGCGCUGCGGGCGUCGAGGGAGGCGGCCCGCAGGGAGCCCUCGCCGCGCCGCGACGGCGCCUACACGCCCCGGCGCCCGCUGGCCAACGAGGUGCACCCCAUCAAGCUGCAGCCGCAGCGGAGCAGCGCCAGCCGCAUCUCGCCGCUCUGCGUCAGCAGCAACUGCUUCGAGGAGGCGCCGGGCAUCGCCAAGGUGGCCGCCAGCCCCCAUGUCAAGUGCCGGGUGGACAUCAAGCCCGACGAGGCGGUGCUGGUGCACGCGGCGCGCAGCCUCAAGGCGGCGCAGAGCCGGCAGGAGCCGCCGGGCUGGCCGCGGGUGCCCGGCGCGCCGCGCGGCCUGGCGGUGCCGGGCAGCAGGCAGGUCUCCAUGUCGCGCACGCCCACCCCCAGCGACUCGUACAGCGGCGAGCACCCGCUGCUGCCCUACCCUGGCGAGUACUAUGAGGCCGACCCGCGGGGCCUGGCCUACCAGACGGUGCCGGUGCCCUCCUCGCGCGACUACAGGGAGUACCCCGAGCGGGGCUGCAUGACCUUCGCGGCCCCCAGCGUCCCCACCAAGUUCUUCUACGCCGAGGAGCCCGUGCGGUGCCCCAGCCCGGCCAUGCCCCUCAAGAGCUCUGGCUACAUGAGCUACCCCUACCCCCGGCGCCACGGCCCCCCGCAGCACUUCUACCCCGAGGAGCCAGCCAAAGUGAACGUCCACACCGUCCCGCCCCGCACCCUGUACGUGGAGGAGGCACGGAGCUACCCCAUCCAGGAGCCCCCCGCCCACGCUUUCUACGGCGAUGACCCUCGCUUCUAUGCGCCCCGCGGCACUCCCAUGAAGACGCUCUACUCUGAGGAUGCCAGGACAUACCCUGCCCUUGGUUCUUCUGCUAGGGUCUUCUACGCUGAGGAUUACGGCAAGUAUCGGGAGCGGGAGGCCAUUUCACGGACAUGUCCCCUUCCCCGCAGCACCCAGCCCUUGCACUUCAGUGACUGGUACUGCCCGGAGCGGAGCACGCUGCCCUAUCAAACCUUGCAGGUGUCGCGGUUCGCGCCACAGCCACCCGGGCGCGAGGCCAUGCUCUCCUCCUGGCACGCCAGCUACAGCACAAACCCCCCGCGGCUGGGCAGGGAGAGCCAGCACUACUCCAAAUCCUGGGACAACAUCCUGACGCCCCUGGUCCGCCGGGAGGACCCCCUGCUCYGCGGGCGCAGCUAUGAGAACCUGCUGGCCCAGGAGCAGCAACGUGCCUUAUCCCCCGACGACCGGCGGCAGCCGGUGGUGAUCAACCUGUCCAGCUCGCCCAAACGCUAUGCUGCCCUGUCCCUCUCGGAAAACUCCCUCAUCGAGAGGGUGCACGCAGACGGCGGCCGCUACCCCAUGGGCCGCUCCUGGUACGUCACGCCAGAGAUCACCAUCACCGACAACGACAUCCGCGCCAACGGCCUCGGCAAGAGCGAGAGACGCUCGGCCAGCUGGGAYGUGCUGGACUCGGGGCGGGAGGGCAACUGCCCUUAUGCUGUGCCCUACCAACCAGACCCUGUCACCAAAGAAAGUGCCCAAAGCAAUUCGGCCCGUCAGCGCAGCCUGGAGCAGCUGGACGAGCUCAUCACCGACCUGGUCAUCGACUACAAGCCAGCACCCAGCAACCGCGCCGGUGACAGAGACAGCCUCGCUGACCAGCUCAAAAAGCUCAUCAACAGCAGCGCCCCGGGCCAYGCCAGGAAAAUGGAGGCCAGGAAGGCCCCUGCCUGCACGCCUGAGGGAAACCGGCCCAUGAAAGAGCAGCCAGGCCCCAGCUCUUUCUGCAAUGACCCUCGCCGCGAGCAGGGCAGCCACGGGCUGCCCGCAUCUAUCUCCAGCAGCAGCUUUGAGAAGCACCUGGACAACUGUUCUCCAGACCUGAGCGCUGAAGAGGACGACAUGAUGAUGUGCUCGAAUGCCAAGUGCCGGCGGACRGAGACCAUGUUCAAUGCCUGCCUCUACUUCAAGUCUUGCCACAGCUGCUACACUUACUACUGCUCCCGAAACUGCCGCCGCGAGGACUGGGACACACACAAAGAGAGCUGUGUCUAUGGGCGUGUUGGCAGCAUCUGCCGCCAUGUGCUGCAGUUCUGCCGGGAGAACGUCGAGGUGCACAAGGCCUUCUCGCGCAUCGCCAAGGUGGGCUACCUCUCCCGGGGACGUGGCGUGCUCUUCUUGGGCUUCCCGAACUCGGGCUCAGCAGAGAACUUCCUCCAGUUUGGCUUGGAGAGCUUGCUGAUGUCCCCCACAUACCUAUCUCUGCGGGAGCUGGAGAGCUACUCUGAUAACCUAGGGGAAUACGCCCGGGAGCUGCGGGAGACUGGCAACCAGUAUGACCCCGAUGAAUGUUUCCUCUUGAAUGUAACUGUGGCCGUUGCCCAAAAAGUGCCAGAGAGGCCAUCUCCGAAGAUCCAGGUGCCAACGGUCAGGAAAUAUGCCAAGGUGGCCUUAGCCUCGUCCAGCCCUGAGAAGAAGAUCUUGAAGAAAGAGCGGGACAUGGAGACCUUGAUCCUGACCCCACCACCUGGCACGGCAGACAUUGACAAGGAGGGGGAGGAAGGGCGCAAGGCACGGGAGGUCUGCUUCAUCAACAUCCAGCGGGAGCUGCGCAUCCGCGGUGUCUUCCUGCGCCACGAGUUCCCCAAGAUCUACGAGCAGCUCUGCGACUUCGUGGAGAGCAACAAGCGCUUCACCCCCACCACCAUCUAUCCCAUUGACAAGAGGACAGGCAAGCAGUUCAUGUGCAUGAUCAUGGCUGCCUCGGAGCCCCGCACCCUUGACUGGGUGGCCAGCCCCAAUCUCCUGGACGACAUCAUGUGAAUGGAGCCCUGGGGCCACCUCCAGUGGCCCCUUACUUAUUCCCCUUUGUAGAUAUGUGUUUCUCAUGGGCACACUGAUGCAGUGGGGCUGGAUAGCCCUCUUGCUCCCUGUCACGCAUUUUGGUGCCGGUGCUGGGGGAGCGUGAGGGACGGAUGCUGCCAUGGAGGAGUCCAUGGAGCGUUGUGAGUCACCAGCGUUUGCUGGAUCCUGAGCUGCUGCGAUCCUGGGGCCCUAUCUGGGCUGGCGGAGACGUGUSGGGUAGUGGGACCUUAGGUGAGGUCUUUCAUGGAGCACAGGUCAUUGGYGGCCCCCAGAAAACAUCUGGGCAAGUCUUCCCAGAGCCCACUCUGGGUGGUGGGCUGGUGAACCAGCACUCGGCCAGGGUGCUGCCCCAGCCUCAGCCCUCCCCCUGACCACUAGACAACACGGCUACCUCUACGCAAGUGUGGCCAGAGCAAGCACUUGGGCCCUCUGUGGCUACCCACACGCUACUGCCUGCUCCAGGGAGCCGGAGCAGGWCCCAGGGGCAUCUUCAGCAGCACCAGGGUCAGGAGGGCACCUGUAGAGCACCUCAGAGCUGCUGAGGAUGUACAAAGCCUGUGGUGUUGCUGGUAGCCCUGCAUGGGCUCUGGAUACCUGGCAGGGGCCCUAUACAGUUUCCAGGGAGCAUAGAGGCCCUUUUCCUGGARCAUUUCAGCAUCCUGAGCAAGUUACCAUAAAAUUUGUUGACACAGCAGGGAUGCUGU